UUAAAUUGUUGUUGAGCUGUCAUUGUUUGUUUGUUUUAUUUUUUUUAUCAUUUAAAUAAAUUUUAUAAAUAAAAACAAUAUUGAAAUUGGGCGAAAUCAUCGAAAUCGUCGAUAUCAGUGUAAUUCUACGUCGUUGGAAUAAUAAAAAGUAAAUAAUCACGUGAUUGUUGAUAAAUAUACAUGACAGGUCAUUUGAAUACUUGAUAAGUAAUAAUUGGAAAUUAUUAAUUUAUAAUAAUUACAUCAUGGAAAAAUAUUCAAUAAAUGAACCAUUCAGAAGAGAUGAGAGAACAAAACAGAUAUUUACAGAUGCUUUGCAACACUGCUUGGAUCUUCUGAAUGAAAAUGACAACAACUAUCAAAAUGAUAUAGAAUACAGUAGUAAUAAUAUAUUAACACAAAAAUCAGCAAUAAUUGGUCAUGAAAUGUAUGAAUAUUUUAAAGAAACAAUGAAUGAAUUAAUGAUGAAAAAAGAAAUAAUUGAACCAGAUACAGAAACAAUAAAUGAAUUAAUUAUUAAAGAAGAAAUAAUUGAAACAGAUACAAAAACAAUAAAUAAAUUAAUGAUUGAAGAAGAAAUAAUUAAUCCAGAUACAGAAACAAUAAAUGAAUUAAUUAUUAACGAAGAGAUAAUUGAACCAGAUACAGAAAAAAUAAAUGAAUUAAUUAUUAAAAAAGAAAUAAUUGAACCAGAUACAGAAACAAUAAAUGAAUUAAUUAUUAAAGAAGAAAUAAUUGAACCAGAAACAGAAAAAAUAGUAUUGGAGAGAGUUUCUGUUGAAUUAGAACGAUUGGAUCCUGAUGUUAGAAAAAAUUUAACUAUGAAAAAAAAAGAUGAUCAGGGAAAGAAUGUUGAAUUACAAAAUGAAUUAAUAGUACGUAAAAAAACAACACCCUCAUUGAUAAGUUCAAAGAAAAAUGUAACUGUAACAAAUGAAUUACGUUAUCAGGAAAAAUGUUUUGACAAAGAUGUCAGUUACAUUACUGAUGUAAUGAAAAAAAUUAAUAACUGGGUAUUUACAAAAUGUGUUCUGUAUAAAAAAAGAAAAAAAAAUUUAUCAAAUGAGUUGAUUAGAAAAUGGGGUAUUGAAGCUAGAGAUAUUUUAUUAUCAGAAGAUAAUAAACAUAACAAGACAUCAUUUGUUGCUAGUAAAACUUGGGUUAAGUAUUUUAAAAAAAAAUACAACAUCAUAGGAAGAAAUACACGUGAAUUACAUAUUGUUGAUCAUACGACAAUCGACAACACAAUUAAUAGUCAUUCUAAUCAUUCAAUUAUUAUUUCACAUGAAACUAAAUUAAAGAUCAUUAAUACACAACGUGAGCAUCCAGAUUGGACACUUAAUAUGAUAAGAGAACAUUGUGGAUUUAAUAAAAACUUGAAUACAAAAAUUAUUGAGAUAUGGAAAGAACAAUUAAAAAGAGGUGGUACACGUACCGAAAAAAUGGAAAAAAUUAACAACUGGAUUUAUCAAAAAUGUAUUGAGCAUAGAGCAAAUAAUAAUAAACUUAGCUCUGAAAAUAUCAUAGCAUUUGGUCGGCAAGCAUCUAAAGCUUGUUUCCCUGAUGAAAAACAUCGAAUUCCAUUUACAGCAUCACCUUGUUGGAUUCAUAAAUUUAAAAAAUCAUUUGGUAUUGUAGGCAGAUUACAAAAUUUAGUAAUCAUAAAUCAAUCAACCAAUGAUAAAACUCUGGAUAUGACUGAAUCUUCAAGCGAGGAAUCACCUGUUGCUGAAGAUGAGUCUGAUGAAAGCUCAGUUGAAUCAAAUGACAAAACAAUUCAAGCUACCUAUGAUGAUAAAAUAAAGGUUAUUAAACUGGCCAGUGAAAAUCCCACAUGGACAGCUGCCAUGCUGCGACGAGUCAGUGGUAUGAAGCAGUUAAGAGGAAUAUCAACACUUAAUUUAUGGAAAAAACAAGUUGCAAAUGGAGGAUCACAAAUUGAUAAAACAUACAGAAUAAAUCAGUGGGUUGAUAAUAAAGUCAAUGAAUAUAAAUCUAAUAAUAAAAUACUGACACGUGAAAUAAUACAAGGUUUUUUAAAUGAAGCAAAAAAAAAUUUAAAGAUUAAAAAUAUAAGCACUGCAAGAAGUAAAUCAUGGUGGUGGUUGUUUAAAAGAAAACAUAAUUUGAAUAAGAGUUUUAUUUACAAUGAAAAAAAUGUUGGUUUACAAAAUAAUAUAAUUUUACGUAGAAAAAAAAAAGGCAAAUUAAUAAGUCAAAAAAAAAAAUUGGAGAUAAUUAAUCUGGUACGUCAACACCCAACUUGGACAAUUAGAAUGAUUCAAGAAAAAAGUAACUGUUAUCGUUGUUAUAAUGUACAACAUAUUAAAAGAUGGAUAACUUCAUUCAAAAAUGGUGGAGCUCGCCAUAAACAUAUAAAUAUGAUAAAUAGACAUGCAUAUAGAAAAUAUAUUCAAUUUAAAAAUAAAAAUAGAAAUAUUACUGAUGAAGUUUUAAUAAAAUGGGCUCAAGAAGCUUUUGAAAAAUAUAAAAUUCCACGUUCGAAAAAUUAUAAAAUCCAUAUACAUUGGUUGAAACGUUUUAAACAAAUAUAUUGUUUAUCUGUACCAAAAAAUCCUGAUGGUCAAGAUGGUGGUUGUAAUUCAAUUGAAAGUAAUUCUUCAGACAUUUCAAAUCAAAAUUACAAAGAAACCAAUGAUAACAUUGCAUUAAAUUUUGAUGAAAUUGAUAAUGUUCCUAUUGGAGCCUCAAAAAAAAUAUAUAGUUCAUUUGAAGAUAAAAAAAAAGUUAUUGACAUAGGUGUGAAUGUUACUGAUGAAAUGAAGGAGAUUAAGGGAUUAGACUCUAGCAAACCAUAGUGGGUUACUUUUAAAAUAAAACAUAAUCUCAGUGGAAAUAAUUGUUACAAACCAGUUCAAUGUAAAAAGUAAAUA